GUGUGCGUGCGAUGUGUGUGCGUGUGUCUCUCCCUGGCUGUGGCUGCCUCCAGGAUUGCUCCCUGCCUGCUCCGGGAGCCCGCUCCGGCGCUGUGCGGAGCAGAGGUUUCCCCGGCUCCCGUCAAUACAGGCACUCGCACCACACGCAUGCACACACACACACACACGCGCGCACGCACAGAGCCUCUGUCCAGUCCAUCCCCACGCCGCCUACUGCCUCCACCACCUCCAGCCUCGCAGCGGCGGCGGGCACAGCUCCGCGGCGAAUCGCGCCGCCGCUCACCCGGCGCUCCGCAGGCAGCCGUCUCAACCUCCACAACCUAGAGACAGAUUUUCCUUUUUUUUUUUUUUUUUCUUAAUUAUUUUUAUUUUUUAUUAUUAUUUCUAUUUUCUGCUGGCGGGCGAUAGCCUUUUGCUGAGGAGGCGCGGGGACGAAGCAGCCGCUCUCCCGCUCCCGCCGUGCGCGCAUGUGUGCGUGUGCGCACCCACCUCACCCCCGCCUCGCAAAAGUUUGCCUGGGCGGUCGGGGGGCUUCCGGCCCGCCGCCCCCGCAGCCGGGGGACACGGCGGCGGCGCGACGCGGAAGCGCGGGACUUGCGCGCCGCGCCAUGCCGGCUGCGCGGGGGGCUGAGCACUGGGCCCUGGCGGGGCUGCUGCUGCUGCUGCUGCCGCCGCCCGCGGCCGCGGGGACUGAGAGCAAAGCGCGGAGCUGCGGCGAGGUGCGGCAGGCGUACAGCGCCAAGGGCUUCAGCUUGGCCAGCGUGCCCUACCAGGAGAUCGCAGGGGAACAUUUGAGAAUCUGCCCUCAGGAAUAUACAUGCUGCACCUCAGAAAUGGAGGACAAGUUAAGUCAGCAGAGCAAGCUGGAGUUUGAAAAUUUGGUGGAGGAGACAAGUCACUUCGUACGCACCACUUUUGUCUCCCGGCACAAGAAGUUUGAUGAAUUUUUCCGAGAACUUCUUGAGAACGCAGAAAGAUCCUUAAAUGAUAUGUUUGUACGGACAUACGGCACACUGUAUAUGCAGAACUCGGAGGUGUUCCAGGAUCUCUUCACAGAACUGAAGCGUUAUUACACAGGAGGCAAUGUGAACUUGGAGGAAAUGCUGAAUGAUUUCUGGGCUCGGCUGCUGGAGAGGAUGUUCCAGCUCAUAAACCCCCAGUAUCAUUUCACUGAGGACUACUUGGAGUGUGUAAGCAAGUAUACAGACCAGCUGAAACCAUUUGGAGAUGUACCCAGGAAGCUGAAGGUUCAAGUGACUAGAGCGUUCAUUGCUGCACGGACCUUUGUUCAGGGGCUGACAGUAGGCAGAGAGGUUGCAAACAGAGUAUCCAAGGUCAGUCCCACCCCAGGGUGCAUCCGGGCGUUAAUGAAGAUGUUGUACUGCCCUUACUGCAGAGGACUUCCCACUGUGAAACCUUGCAACAACUAUUGCCUCAAUGUAAUGAAGGGCUGCCUAGCAAAUCAGGCUGAUUUGGAUACUGAGUGGAAUCUGUUCAUAGAUGCUAUGCUUCUGGUAGCGGAGAGAUUAGAGGGACCAUUCAACAUUGAAUCAGUCAUGGAUCCUAUUGAUGUCAAGAUUUCUGAAGCCAUCAUGAACAUGCAAGAAAACAGCAUGCAGGUGUCGGCAAAGGUUUUCCAAGGAUGUGGUCAGCCUAAACCAGCACCUGCCCUGAGAUCUUCCCGUUCAGUCCCUGAAAACUUCAAUACACGGUUUAGACCAUAUAACCCAGAGGAGCGACCUACAACUGCUGCUGGCACAAGUUUGGAUAGGCUGGUAACAGACAUUAAAGAAAAACUAAAGCUCUCUAAAAAGUUCUGGUCAACAUUCCCCUACACAAUCUGCAAGGACGAGCGAGUGACAGCCGGCUCGUCAAACGAGGAGGACUGCUGGAACGGCCACAGCAAGGCAAGAUACUUGCCUGAGAUUAUGAAUGAUGGCUUGACCAACCAGAUCAACAAUCCAGAAGUAGACGUGGACAUCACAAGGCCAGACACUUUCAUUCGACAACAAAUCAUGGCCUUACGUGUCAUGACAAACAAACUGAAGAAUGCAUAUAAUGGAAAUGAUGUCAACUUCCAGGAUACAAGUGAUGAGACGAGUGGCUCUGGCAGUGGAAGCGGCUGUACGGACGACAUCUGUCCCACUGAGUUUGAUUUCAUCAUGACUGAAGCACCGCCUGUUGACUCAGACAGGAGGGAGGUGGAGGCUUCGGCCACACAACCCAGCCAGACACUGCAGACAUUGCUCUUCGCCUUCAUCGUCCUUGUACUGCAGAGACAAUGGAGAUAA